AUGGUACUAAUUUCGUCGGAGCCAAUCGAGAGCACAAGAAGAGUGUCCGGUAACCAGUCCCAGAUCUCAGAUUACCUGUCUCAGAAGGAUAUUCAGUGGUACUUUAAUCCUCCUGCUUCCCCUCACUUUGGUGGGAUUUGGGAGCGUUUGGUUCAGUCAUGCAAGAAAGCCCUCAAAGUGGUAUUUCAUGUAGUUACAGAUGAAGUUUUGGAAAUUGCGUUUGCAGAAACGAAAGCUCUGGUAAACAGUAGACCUCUUACAGAAGUAAGCAGUGACAGUGGUUUGGGAGCGAUUACUCCGAAUCAUUUCGUUAUUUCUCGUGCUAAUCCAGUGCUGCCCUGCGGUGUAUUUCCUGACAAGGAAAUAUCAGGCAAGAAACGUUGGAGACAAAUACAAGUUGUUGUUAAUCAAGUUUGGAGCAGAUGGCUGAAUUCGAAAGAGCAUUUGCCAGCCCUAAUUGAAAGGAAAAAGUGGAAUUUGCCAUUGCACAAUCUCAGUUUUGGUGAUUUUGUCGCGGUCGUAGACGAGAAAACCUAA